AUGGUGGCACGUGAAGAUUGUUAUGGAACAUUCAAGGUGAAAAUCACCGAGGGUGUGGAGAAGACCACCGCCCUCAUCCGUGAAGCCAAGGAUCUUUGCGAGCGAAGCUUGUCUAAUCUGGUCGUUCCUGGGCCUCCUCAGUCUCUCAGGUACGAGGUGCUGGGAUAUGAAAUGGGCCGCCGCCGAUACAGACUUUGUUGGCAACCGCCAGAACGGAAUAUGGCAGCGCCAGUCUCGAGAUACCUCGUUGCUGCUCUAGAUCCGGCGUACGGGAAAGCUUUGACUAUCACAGUGUUGGAACCAGAUUACAACGAGGAGUUGAAACGCUUCGUUUCAGUGGAAGAACUCAACAGCUUUGUUCUUGCUGAAGAGGACUUGCAGAAGAUGCCAAGCCUGUGGAAGCAGCCAACGGCGAUGGUGCAGGUUUGUGCAGCAAAUGACGCUGGCCAAUCUUCCUGGUCCAAGCUGGAGAUCUACAUUGCUGGGGCAAAGCCUUCGGUGGUUCGGAUACCCUCGAGUCCCGGCACUGACUCAGAGGCCAGUUCAUCAUUGGCCAGCUCGCCCGGAAAACACUUCAGCCAAGACUCCUUCAACAGAGAGAUCCAGAGGCUCACCUGGCAACAUGGCUUCGAGAGCAGUAUAUGCCGACCUCGGGCAAUAAGAAGGAGCUCGUUGAACGGGUCCUGGAUGUGA